AUGACUCAAGAGAACAACACGCUGACCGUAAAGUGUGGGAUGGAGGGCUCGUUCCAGCCUGCAGGUCACGCAGAGUUCUGCUCGCCAAAGUCAGCGGAUCUGAAUAGGUGCACAGGCAAGUUCGAGGAGAUCCUGCCCAAGUUUGGGAAGAGUUGGUGGGAGAAGGGUCCUGACCUCAUCUCUGUCCUCACGGUCCUUCCGGCGGCUUUUCCCGCUGAGGAGAAACAGUUUCUCGUGGGAUGUGUGCAACAGGAGCUGUCGAAGGGGGACUUGGCUAAAAGAGGCCACAGAGAAGGGGAAGGAGAAGGUGUAGCGGCCGAGGGGAAAAAAGAAUUCGAGAAUGGACGCGAUGUCGAAGGUACAGACGACAAGAAAAAAUCCGCCGAUAGCGUUUCACGCCGAGGAGCUGCAGGGUGCUCGUGA